UCCCGACUCCACCUGGAAUGUGGGGACUAAACUCGGAUCUCAAGGUGCAGUCAUAUGACUUCCAGAUGGCUGAAUGAGAUUCAACAGGGCUGGAUAUGGUUUUCUGAAACUACUUCAACAAACUUUUAUGAUCUUAAACUAUUCGUCCGUGCUAGGACGAUUCAGUACUGGCUUGUUUCAGCCCGAGCUCAGCUCGCACAGGGAGAGAGAGAUGGGAAGCGUCUGGAUGAGUCGCCUAUGAGGUGAAUGACUGUUUGUUGUCUGUUGCGGAUGCGGCGAGUCAGUCAAGCUCUUCUUCACCUGUGCGUGCUGUGAUCGCGAAUACUGCAGGCACAGAUGGAAGAUCUGAAUAACGCGAGUCCACGACCGACAUCCGGAGGACAGACGAGCUCAGCGCACAUUCACCAGUCAGAUGUCCGCUUCCAGAGGGGAGUAGCACCGGUCAGCUCUCCUGAUCUGCCCGCUGCACGCCUCACUUUACCUGGGGUCAUGGACGCCGAGGGGAGGGUGGACGAGUCAAGACUGAGGAUGCACAUUUUCAAAAACGGUGGCGUGUCACCUUCUGAGCGUGGUCUGGUGUGGCGUUUCCUGUUUGGGAUGUACCCGUGCAGCUCAACAGCUUUAGAGCGUUCUCUGCUGCAGGAGCAGUUGGUCGAACGUUACCGGGUCAUGAAAAGAAAGUGGCAGCAAUUUCUUCCAUCAGCUGUGAGGUUACACCUCAAUGGCACUGAUGCUGAGUUGGUGGCUGCAGUCAGGUACUUUGACCAGAGACAGGCACAGGCCAAGCGACAGACCCAGGACCAGCCUCAGGAGGUCCAGGACAGACUGGCCUUCUUGGAGCUUCAGGCACAGAUAUUGUUUGAGCGGAUCACAUUUGACCAAGGGGAGCUGAGAGAAGCCAUACGAAUCAUUGACAAGGAUGUACCAAGAACAAACAGAGACCUGAGCUAUUACCAGGGUGAAGGUUCAGGCAAUCUGUUGGUGUUGAGAGACAUCCUCAUCACUUAUGCUGCUUUUCAUCCAGACGUCAGUUAUGCCCAAGGAAUGAACGACCUGUGCAGCCGGUUCCUAGAGGUUCUUGACUCUGAAGUUGACACUUUCUGGAGUUUCUCCUGCUACAUGGAGAAAUUCUCUAAGGACUUCAGGGCUGAUGGUCUGCACAGAAAAAUAGAGUUGGAGGCAGCACUUUUGAAGGAGCUGGACCCUCCGCUUUAUGCUCAUUUGGUCACAGACAAUAUGGAGAGCUUCACCUUCUGCCACAGGUGGCUGCUGCUGGGUUUCCAGAGGGAGUUUGAACACAGUGACGCAUUACGUUUGUUCGAGAUCUUAAGUUGUGACCACCUGGAGCUUAUCUCCCAACAAGUAGACCGAGCCCGUUAUCAGGAAAGGCUUGCACGAAGAUGCAGCGCAGAGGACAGUCCAAAGUCUAAGCUGCAGACCAUCAACACUGCCUUCACCUUUGAACUCUUCAUCUGCGCAGCCAUCCUGUUAGACAACAGAGAGUUUCUGCUGCGGUGCAGAGAUGAUGUACAACUCAUCCAGUUUACAAGCAGCCUUCAGGGAACAUUGGACCUGAACAGCACACUGAAGAAAGCAGAACACCAUUUGUACAACUACUGCAAGCGCUGUGCUUGGGACUACAUGAAUGGACACUGCCGAGAACACAAGAGCAAAGACGAGGACUUUCUUUAUCAACUUCGUAGUUUACUUGUUUUAAAGUGAUAGUUACUAUUCAUGGAACUGCAAUUUGUAAUUGGGGACCUUUAAUCUCUACUUGGAGUAGUGAUGGCACACGUUCUUUAUCUUAGUUUUUAUUUCAGAGGGAAAAUUGAUGUGCUGAUGGCUGCUUGCCUUAAGUUUGAUUAAUUAUUGCUGUUUAUUAUAAAUGUACAGUAUUUAUUGUGUUUUGGUUCUGAACAUCCAUGCAUAUGAAAAGCUAAAGCUUAAUACCUUAGUAAGUCAGACAAGGAUUUGUUUUUCCAGGUUAUGCAAUACUCAACUGUAAGAAGAAAACUGCUGUUUGACAGGCUGUGUGAAUACUAAGGUCUGGUGUGUUGCAACAGGUGGUGUCUGUAACGAACUGCAGUUAUAUUUAAUGCCAGAUGGUGUCAGAUGUGUCAGAGAGGCCUAUGUAACAGGAAUAGACAUUCAGUUCUUUCGAGGCCUAGCAGAGGGGCUAUGCAGUAAGGGGAAGGAAAACUUACUGCACAACUGUUUUAAAUAGAGAAUGAACUUGUACACAAUGUAAGGAACCUGAAAAAUGAUUUCUCCAUAAAACUAUUGAACAUG